AAAAUAGUCUUCUUUUUUGGUAACAUCUCGAAACUUUUAGUGAUAAAGGCUCUGCAAUGGGUCAAGUGAAAAGCCAAUUCAGUGAAGAUGAACUGCAGGAUUACGAAGAUCUAACUUAUUUUACCAAAAAAGAGAUUCUUUAUGCUCACAAGAAAUUUAAGAAUCUGGCCCCGGAAAAAGUAGGACACAACAAGAACGCCAAACUAUCAAUGAGCAAGGUGCUAGAAUAUCCGGAGCUGAAGGCCAAUCCCUUUGGCGACAGAAUUUGCAAGGUGUUUAGUUCAAGCAACGAUGGGGACAUAACCUUCGAAGAUUUUCUUGAUAUGAUGUCAGUGUUUUCGGAUGCCGCCCCAAAAUCGGUAAAGGCGGAACAUGCAUUUCGUAUUUAUGAUUUCGACGGAGACGAUAUGAUUGGUAGAAACGAUCUGAAACAAGUCAUACAACGACUGGUGGAUUACAAUUCCGACCUGGGACAUAAUGAUAUAGAUCAGCUGAUAAACAAUAUCCUCGAAGAAGCCGAUUUAGAUGACGAUGGAGCGUUGUCAUUUGCAGAAUUUGAACACAUUAUUGAUAAAUCAUCUGAUUUCAUUAACUCAUUCCGUAUUCGACUGUAAAUGUAGAACAACUCACCAUCGUAUACGUAUCAUCUUUUCGGUAGCAUUCAGCGAAUUCGUUAGCGUUUUAAUAGCCCAAAUCGUGAUGUAAUAUAAGCAUUCGAAUGCGUAAUUUCGUAAUAAAAUUGUAUUUUUAUCAUUUAU